AGCGAAGAAGAGUCGAGUUCGAGCCAUGGAGGCAAUGCAUUUUUCAACCGUUGCUUCCCGCCAUUUCUCGGCGACUUCCGGUUCCUUUAUGACGAACAGGAUGUUCUACAACAGUCCCAGAAACACAACUUUGCUUGGAAGUACAUGGAGUAUUGGUUCGAGCAAUAUCACUUCCCUUUCUUCGAGGAAUUUGUUCACUAGAGAAAUAUGGGGAUGGGUAAAUUCCAAGACGGUAACUUUAAGGAGAGAGAUGCGAGGUGUUGUACGAGCUGAAAUGUUUGGACAGUUGACGAGUGGCCUCGAAGCUGCUUGGACCAAGCUUAAAGGAGAAGAGGUUUUGACGAAGGAGAACAUUGUGGAGCCAAUGCGCGAUAUUAGGAGAGCACUUUUGGAAGCAGAUGUUAGUCUGCCUGUUGUUAGAAGGUUUGUCCAAGCUGUUAGUGACCAGGCUGUUGGAGUUGGCCUUAUUCGAGGAGUGAAGCCAGAUCAACAAUUGGUUAAGAUUGUACACGAUGAGCUUGUGAAAUUGAUGGGAGGAGAGGUUUCUGAACUGGUCUUUUCAAAAUCUGGCCCCACUGUUAUAUUAUUGGCUGGUCUGCAAGGGGUUGGAAAGACAACUGUUUGUGCGAAGUUAGCUAAUUAUCUUAAGAAACAGGGUAAGAGUUGCAUGCUUAUCGCAGGAGAUGUAUACAGACCUGCUGCUAUCGAUCAACUCGUUAUUUUGGGCGAACAGGUGGGCGUUCCUGUAUAUACAGCAGGGACUGAGGUCAAACCAUCUGAAAUAGCGAAGCAAGGUUUAGAAGAGGCCAAAAAGAAGAAGAUAGAUAUAGUGAUAAUGGAUACUGCAGGAAGGCUCCAGAUUGAUAAAGCAAUGAUGGAUGAGUUGAAAGAAGUGAAGAAAGUAUUGAAUCCCACAGAAGUUUUGCUGGUUGUGGAUGCAAUGACUGGCCAAGAAGCUGCUGCCUUGGUCACAACAUUCAAUGUUGAGAUAGGGAUUACUGGUGCCAUUUUGACAAAGCUAGAUGGAGAUUCUAGAGGUGGCGCUGCUUUGAGUGUUAAAGAGGUGUCUGGGAAGCCGAUCAAGCUUGUAGGACGCGGAGAGCGCAUGGAGGACCUUGAGCCUUUCUAUCCAGAUCGUAUGGCUGGACGCAUCUUGGGAAUGGGAGAUGUUCUCUCAUUUGUUGAGAAGGCACAAGAAGUUAUGCGCCAAGAAGAUGCUGAAGAGCUGCAAAAGAAGAUAAUGAGUGCAAAGUUUGACUUCAAUGAUUUCCUAAAGCAGACUCGUGCUGUUGCACGAAUGGGCUCCAUGACUCGUGUUAUUGGAAUGAUCCCUGGAAUGGGGAAGGUUACCCCAGCCCAGGUUCGAGAAGCAGAGAAGAGUUUAAAAAUAAUGGAGGCAAUGAUUGAAACCAUGACACCAGAGGAAAGGGAGAAGCCGGAGUUAUUGGCUGAGUCUCCUGAAAGGAGGAAAAGAGUUGCUCAAGGUUCCGGUAAAACAGAGCAGCAGGUGAGUCAACUUGUCGCUCAACUCUUCCAAAUGCGUGUUCGUAUGAAGAAUUUGAUGGGUGUAAUGGAAGGUGGAUCCAUUCCAACAUUGAGCAAUCUUGAGGAUGCAAUGAAAGCUGAACAAAAGGCUCCUCCUGGUACUGCAAGAAGAAAGAGGAGAUCAGAGUCAAGAAGGCAGUUUGCAGACUCAGCAUCAACAAGGCCAAGUCCUCGUGGUUUCGGGGCAAAGAACUAGGAACUCAAAUCUGAGGAACAGCAAGACUCUUCAUUAUCUGCUUGCAGUGAAAGCAGACUUUCUGGUGUUUCUUGAGAGCUGCGGAAACUCAUUGCAUGCUCAUCAUGAGAACAAAACUAUUGAGAUGAUCAUCCUGCAAAAUUCCAAUGUAACAGGAGAUGAUGUAAUUUAACUUGUUUGUUAAUUGCUUAUUAGGCAAGAUGCGCUCCACAUCGAACAAACACAAUUUCACAAGAAACCAAAUUAUGUUAGUAUGGUAUCUUCUUGAUUGA